UCCCAUUCCAAUCUCAACGGGGAGAGAAAGGCCCCUUCGUUCUCCCAAAGCGCCUAGCUCGUCACGAUUUACAGAGUGAUCGACAGAGAGACAUAGGAGUUUUCCGACGAUGUUUCUGCGAGUGAUCGGACGGCCAUUAUUGGCCAAGGUGAAGCAGACGACGGGGAUCGUCGGUCUGGAUGUUGUCCCAAACGCCCGAGAGGUCUUGAUCGGCCUUUACGGUAAAACCCUACAGGAGAUCCAGGCCGUUCCCGAGGACGAAGGAUACCGCAAGGCAGUCGAGAGCUUCACGCGCCACCGCUUGAAGGUCUGCCAGGAGGAGGAGGACUGGGAGCAAAUCGAGAAGCGGCUUGGCUGUGGUCAGGUCGAGGAGCUCAUUGAGGAAGCUCAGGACGAGCUCAAGCUCAUUGCUAAAAUGAUUGAGUGGGAUCCGUGGGGUGUUCCUGAUGACUACGAAUGUGAAGUGAUAGAGAACGAUGCGCCAGUACCCAAGCAUGUUCCUCUGCACCGACCAGGCCCUCUCCCAGAGGAGUUUUACAAAACGCUGGAGGCCAUUAGCAGUGGUGGUAGUAGUGCACAGAAAGUAGAGACGGCCGACAAAGCGUCUCAGGUGACAGAAUGAUCCAUCUUCACCAUUUGGAGAUUUCAAGUUUCAGAAUCGAAACCUGUUCUUUAUCUAAUUAUGUUUGUUCUUCAAUAGGAAUGAUUGUUCGCAAAGUCGUGUACUUCAAUAAUAAUCUUUACCCGACUCUGGAAUGACAUAAAUUUACCCUUUCUUUGUCUUGUUUAAAUUUUACUGUGCACACCAGCCCAGUCACUUAUGGACUGGUUUUGAGAAUCAGCAAUUUUAAUCUUUUAUUCCAUAGAUUGGAGAAUAA